CUCCUGCGAAGAAUUUACCUGUCUAGGUAAGACAGAGGAGGUCAAAAGAAGAAAACAGCAGGAGGCAGGGGACCCAGUCUCUGUCUCCAUCUCCGCCCUUUGAAACCAAAGGGUAUUCCUUUCCUCUCUUCAGUCCCCUCCCCAGUGAAGGCCCGGCUUGCGACAUUCUUCACUUCCCUUCGCUUCCCCUCUGGGAGCCCCUUUUGCCACCCCUGCGCCUUGCUUCGGGCAAUGCCCGAAAGGGAACUGUGGCCAGCAGGGCCUGGCUUGGAACCUGUGACCCGCGUCGGCAGCUGCGACAGCAUGAUGAGCACCACCUCCACCCGCUCGGGAUCUAGUGACGGCAGCUACGACUUCCUGUCAGCCGAGGAGAAGGAAUGUCUGCUCUUCCUGGAGGAGACAAUCGGCUCAUUGGACACAGAAACUGAUAGCGGACUGUCCACCGAUGAGUCUGAGCCUGUUACAACACCCCGAGGCCUCCUAGUGCUGCCUCAAAGCCAGCCUGCACCCAAGGGACAUCCGAAAGAGACGACCAUAGAGCAAAAUCCAGAGCCAAGGACCGUGACUCAGAUCAGCUCAUUCUGUCCUCCUGAGCCCCAAGGUCUGGGCCUCAGGUCUGGUUCCUACAGCCUCCCCCGAAAUAUUGGCAGAAACCAGAACCUCCGGAACAGCAGCAGCAGCCAGCCAAACAGCCACAUCCCUGGAGAACCUGUGGGGCUUGGAGCAGACAAACAGCAGGACAGCCAGUGUGGUGAGCGCAGACCAGCUCCUGCUGGCCCCCAGGAGGCUGUCCUCGGUUUGGACGUGGCUAUCAUCCCCCCACCGGAGGCUUUCCGGGACUCCCAACCAGAACAGAGUGUGGAAGAGCACCUGUCCAAGCAGCCGGAAGAGCCACGCGACGCAUCCCAACUCCACACGCUGCUGUCCCACCCCCAGAAGAGAGAGGAGACCUCUGAAGAAGCCAUGUCCCAGAAGGCCAAUGAGAAAGGCCCCACAGGGCACUCAGGACCCCUGACAUCAGGAGGUGAUCUGAGUGCCCAGCCAGCUCCCCUGGCAGCCCCUAAGCCCCGAAAGCUGCCACCUAACAUUGUUCUAAAGAGCAGCCGGAGCAGUUUCCACAACCAGCCCCAGAGCUGGCUAUCCCGCCAUGCUGAGGCUGCGCCUGGAGAGUCUGGGCUGGGCAUGUCUUCACUACAAGAGCAGAGGAAAGCCCGCAGAGAGGCGCUGGAGAAGCUGGGACUGCCCCAGGACCAGGAGGAGCCCGGCUUCCACAUGAGCAAGCCCACUAGCUCCUUCAGAUUCAAGGAACCCCGUGCUCAGGGCCCUCCCCCAUCCACAGCAGCUCCUGACCUGGCUCCAGCUCAGGGCUCUGCAGCUGCAGGGAAGGCUCUGGCUACAGCUCCAGCAACUCGGGAACCUGCACCAGGGAAGGCUCCGGCUCUUGCUCAGGGAGCUCCCCCAGGGAAGAUUUUGACACCUGCCCAGGAAGCUCCUCCAGGGAAGAUUUCAGCCAAUGCCAAGUCCAUGCCCAUUUCGAUCCCAAAGGCUUCAAGAACAAACAAUCAGCCCAAGUCAAACUCAGGGCUAACCCUCCAAGAUAGCAACAUCCCCGGCUUGAGACAGAUGAACUUCAAGUCCAACACUCUGGAACGCUCGGGUGUGGGGCUGAGCAGCUACCUGUCUACUGAGAAAAACCUCAAUCCCAAAAUCAGCACUUCUCUAGAAAAGAGCUCUCUGUUGGACAAGAGCUCCCCCAGCGUCCUGCGGAAUUCCCGGCCCCGUCCCGCUUCCCUGGGCACCGGGAAGGACUUUGCCGGAAUCCAGGUGGGCAAGUUGGCCGACCUGGAGCAGGAACAGAGCUCCAGGCCUCUCUCCUACCAAGGACAGAGCCGGGACAAGCUUCCCAGACCCCCCUGUGUCAGUGUCAAGAUCUCCCCAAAAGGCAUCCCUGAUGAGCACAGAAGGGAGGCCCUGAAGAAACUGGGACUGCUGAAGGAGUAGGACUGGAAGCCAGUGCUCCCAGCACCAGCCGCACCCCUGUUGCCCAGGAAGAGAUGCCAGGCUCCACCUCAGGGUCUCUGACACCUUGCACACAAGCUUGGCCAGAUGUGGGCUGCUCCUCAGAUGAUCUCUGCAUCUCAAGAGAUGGGGAAGGAGAAAUUUGAGUUCGAACAUGCACCUGCAAUGAGUACUUGCUCUCUGGGUUUCUCCAAAGAAAGGGAGAGAGAUAGAAAAUGUAUGCCAUGGUAGAUACUUAUAUGUCACUAUGAGCCUUUAUCCAGAGUUCUGCCCUCCUUGGUGAUUUUCUGAAUCAGAUACAGUUCAGCCCAGCUGGAAUUGAUGGAGAUCAGAAUAAAUGUCGCAUGAAACUACAGGUGUGAUUUCCCUUGCCAGACCCCUCUCUCAGCUCAGGCUUUCUGGACAAGGACCAGUGCCAAGAGGAGCAGGUUUGCUAUCUUUAAACUCGUUUCCUCUCAGUGUCACCAGUGCCAAGUGAGAGUCACACUGCUGGAACUAAACCUCUUGGUGGACUAAGAGCAGACAUCUGCCAUUGGCCUGAAGAGGCAGGGUAAGUGGCCACGCAUACACACCUCGCCUGCCCCAGGAGGAGUUCUUGUUCACGGGCAGCUCCAUACAUUCCUUAAUAAACUGUGGCUGUGAUCUGGGA